AGAAAUUGCGGAGUUGAGAUAAGCAGCAGCUUCAGCAUGGAUGUAGAUGCAGCACUUGAUGGUGGUAAUGGGUUGAUGGAAGCAUCGGUACAAGGGGACGUAACGUCACGUGAAGCUGAGAGAAAUGCAGAACCUUAUGUUGGUAUGGUGUUUGAAACAGAAGCUGCUGCUAGAGCAUACUACAAUGAAUAUGCUGGCCGAGCAGGAUUUUUGACCCGCAUUAUAUCGUCCAGUAAAUCAGAGGGGGAUGGCUCAUUUGUAUCAUGUGGGUUUGGUUGUAGAAGCAUUCCUACUAGCCAAAAGACAGGUAAUGUGUCAAAUGAAGGUGGACAAAAACGAAGGGGUGGUUGUACUGCAACACUCUUAGUAAAACAAGAUAAUGGAGGGAGGUGGGUUGUCAAGAAAUUCGUGCGAGACCACAACCAUCCUUUGGUAGUUUCACUUCCCAGGAGAUGCCCUACUUUUGAUGAGAAAGACAAAAGGAUUCAGGAGUUAACUGCUGAAAUAAGGGUAAAGAAACGUCUGAGUGCAGCAUAUAGGGAGCAGCUACUUAUUCUCAUGAAAGAUGUUGAAAGUCAUACUGAUCAUAUAACAUCAAAAGUUCAAAUGACCCGCAAUAAUCUGAAAGAACUCGAAGAGAGAAGGCAGCAGCUUUCAAACCACAAAAAACCAAGUUUGUAGG